GUCCAAUUGUACACGCGGUACCGCCCAUCUCUUCCGUCAGUCAGAAGCAUGGCGUUAAAGGAGCUGUCGUCGUUGGAGAAGUACUUAAGACUGAAAAAAGCCAACAAGUACAGUACACAUGAGGAUAAUAAGGCACCUGUAUUACAAACUAGUGAUGGUUCCCCACUGGUCGGACUAGUGACCAUCGCCUGCCAACUGGUAAAAGAAGCCAAGCGCCCUGAACUGCUGGGAGACUCUGCAGAGAACAGGGCUGUGGUGCAGCAAUGGCUGGAGUACAGAGUCACCAAGCUGAACAGCUGUACCAAGGAAGAUGUCAAGACCAUUCUUAAGGACCUGAACCUCUAUCUGCAAGACAAAGUGUAUCUGGUUGGCCACCAGUUCACCUUAGCUGAUAUUCUCAUAUACUAUGGAAUCCAUCCUCUUAUGGUGGACUUGUCCGUCCAGGAGAAGGAGCAGUAUGAGAAUGUGACACGGUGGUUUGACCACAUCCAGCACUGCCCCGGCGUCCGGCACCACCUCCCACCCGUAGCUGUGCACAAGAACAGACUCUACACAGGCAGACACCACUAAAACCCGAUCUCACGCUCUGCAGGCCUCUUCCAAACCUGGGCAAAGGAUCUUCUGUUGUUCCCACUUUUUGGACUGUGUUGAAUGCUAUUUUUCUGGGUCGCAUUUCCUGAAUGCCAGGAGACUUGGGAUUUAUCUGUUUCAUCUGGGUUUUUGUUGUUGUUGUUGUUUUCCCCCAAAAUAUUAUCUAGGGAGGCAAAUGAGGAACCAAACAUGAAACUUAGCAAUUUAAAAUGAGGUACUGAAGCUCAUUUGAGGCUUUCUGAUAAAACUUGAGCUCAGCUCAUAUUGUCUUUGGAAAAUACAAAUCAUUAAUUACGAUAUUCUCCAGCUGUUCAUGUAACCAAGGUUUGGGCUCUUCACAUCUCAUUGAUUCAUUAAUGUUCACAUUAUCUGUAUGAAGCUUGGUGUUUGAAUGUCAUACAGAAAACAGUAGAAACGAUGUGUGACACUUACAUUGGUGUUUGUAUCUUUUUGCAUUGUUAAUCUGUGGGACAUUUGGAAUUUGACCCUUUUUUGUGUCAUUUUCCAAGAUGGUAGUGGUAAAGCAAAUAGGAAAUGCUGCUAUUUAGACUUUAAUUUUUCUUAUAAUCUGAGCCUGGAACCUGAGAUUCUAGUGUGAUGGUCUUACUAAGAUGUUACUUUUCUGUCAUUGACAUAAUCAUUGUCAUUAUCAGGUAAUGCUCUCUUCUUUAUGUC